UCGGUUGCAUCGAGCCACUACAAACCUCCAAAUAAGCUCUUGGAGCGGGUUUGGAGUUCAGUACAUCAAAAUCAAAGACCCAUAUCACUCAUCCCGCCUCUCUCGCCAGUGCAUCCUCCCUCUCCCCCUGUCCCUCCCCGUCAAAGUAAUUAUCAACAAACAAACGUGAGAAUCUGUCGAGUGGUAGGUUUUUUUUUCGCUUUUUCAUUCGCUGGUGCACCGUUCUGUUCUGUUCUGUUCUGUAUCUGUUAAUGGUGUUUGUGGGAGUGUCGAGAGAAUUAACAGUGCUAGUGCAGUUUGUCUCCCGUCGGUGAGCAUUUGUUCAUGGGAUUUGAGUUAUCAUUCAUAACCAAAGUGCUGGCCAAAUUCCCUUCUCCCGGAAAACUCGGAUCAACGACCUGAGAAUCUACAAUUUGUGGAGCUUGUUGUGAUAACGCCGAGAGGAUUUCGAGGCGGUUUUUUUUUUCUACCAACAGACGCUUCCCUGGGAGAUUUCGUCGUAGAGAUGGAGUAGUGGAGGACUCGGGCGAUGUUGGGUAGUUGUUGUUUUUAUUGUGAUUUUUGGGAGUGAUUGAUUGUUUCAGUGGUAUUCUCAUGCCGUUGAUUGGCCAAGUGAUAAGUUUGAGUGCAAGCGAGUGAUAAAGUGUUUUGGUGCACCUGAUAAAACUAGCCCUUGGGUACGUGAUUAGAAUUGUUUUAUGGUGGUGAGUGGAGAGCGUGACCAUAUUUCUGCAGCCUCGUGACUCGUGACGAUGUUGAAAAUGUCAGAGAAAAGCGAUGAGGAUCGCAUAAAUGCACAGACCUAGGACAUCAUGAGGGGAAGAACUCCGUUGGCGGAUGACACCCCAAAAAGGGCCCCGCCUGCGCCCAGAAGAGAAGCAACAGCAGCAGACACUCUGGGUGGCAGAGUUACAUGCACGGAGGCCAACAUAUUGCCGUGCUUUUCAUCGCCGACGGCAGUAAGAAAAAUGGUUACAUCGACGAGCAGCGCGGAUGAGGCCCCGAUAAGCCAAUCCCCCUCAAAUCAUCAAAAGCCCCAUUCCCGAGUCAAGCAAGAAGCUCCAGUAACAUUUUACCGAUCUGGUCAAACAACCCAGGACAAACGCAGUCGUCUGUCAAACGUGAUAAACAGUCUCUACCGUAAAGUCCCCGUAACCGAUAGAAAUAGCGUCGAGAGAAACCUCGAGACGCUUGAAAAAUACGUAAUGACGGUGCUAAAUGGCGUAAUCAAGGACGCUGAAACCGAGGGAACAGACGAGCGUAGAAAAGCUGACGACACUUGUUACAAUGGGCCAAGCGAAGAAUCAAGAAUCAUCGAUGAUGACGGUAAGCAACUCAAUCGUUUAUCCUCAGAGCCAAGUGCUGUGGAACCUGCGGUACCAAGUGUAUCAAUUCCCCAACACAGCAAGAGUGAAAAUAAUCCCAAAGAGGAAAUGAGAAACGAGGAGGAAAGAAAGAAACUAAAGUCAACACUAUCACUUGCGUCAUCUGAGAAUGACACAUCAAUCACGGAUACCACAUCGAGAAGAAAAAGCCCAGUGGUGACUGAGAUCAUUGAACCACAAUCAGAAUUUCAAUCUCCAACAGCAUCAGCACUGGAUGUUGAGCAUUCACCGCCUGAGAAUGCGUCUGAAAAAAUUCAUACAAUGUGCCGUGAAUUAUUAACAGACCUCGUCAAUGAAAUAAGUCAAACAAUGGAGCAGCAAGCAGCAACCCCUUCGAACACUAGUCUCCAAUGCAGUCUUCCCCUCGACAAAGUCGCCCCGGUCCUUGAUAUUUGCGAUAGCACCCCACAUUCAUCAAAGUCGACGGUGCGACAUUUGUGCCUGUACUGUGAUCGUAAAUUCCUCUCUAUAUCCCUUCGUCAGCGGCAUACAGAGAGAGUCCAUCAGAUUGGUGGUGGUAGACGAAGUGAUAGAAAUAGUAGAAAAACAAAUUGCCAGUAUUGUUCGGAGAAAUGCGCUGAAAAUUUGGAUGGUCUCUUUCAACACAUGACAGUCAGCCAUUCGGACAAGUAUCACGGUUGUCUCCAGUGCUCAACGAGAUACUCAAGCAAAGAAGCCCUAGCAUUCCAUACCAAUGAAUUACACCCCAACGAGAGGAUUAAUGUCACAUAUUCAUUCGCCAGUGAUUGUAAUUCGGAGAGUUUUAAGGAGACGACCAAAUGUGAGACCAUUCGCACGCAGAUUAAGAUGUUUACACCACUGAAAUUGGACCUGCUACCUCGUGAUGAUUCUAAAGAGACUGGCUCUCAGGACUUUGAUAGUUCGUUUUAUAAUCAUGUCUCCUGCAACAUACGCGAGAAUCUUCUGCAUCAUUUGGAUGGCAAACUCCAUCCCAGUGCUAAUUCGCUGGCAUCAGCUACAUGUUAUCAGACGAAUUUUUAUGAGCCAACACAGGUGCAGUGUCCUAUUGACAUUUCGUUGACAGCUGCAACACCAGUAGAUAAUAAGGAAUACACCACUGGGGAGACACAGAAUUCGAGUGAAUAUGCGCAGAAACCGGGCAAGGUUACCAGUUGCCAUCCUCGUAGAGUGUCAUUUGAGAAAUACAAUUUUCCAAAGAAAUACGAUGGAAAAGAACCUUGGACCGGUAUCGGGGAUCUUAGUAAAUUUGAUAUAUCCACGCAAUUGACUUUGAGAAAGAAGCAGCAGUUAUUGAAGGACAAGUUAUUGGUUCUGGAGUCGGCCAAGCAUGAUGUUAAUUCAGAAGUAUCGAGUGAUGUGAUAAAAGAUUCAGGGGAGUGUGCAGAUAUGUCGGAGGUGGUGUGUGCGAUUGAGGAGAAGGAUUUAAAUGCCUCGAAUGGUAAUGAUGUCUCGGCGACACAAUUUACCGGGGAGUUUGGAAAUUUUAUAAGACUGAGGAGGUGGGAUGAUAGCCCAGCGGAGACUUCCAGGGAUGAGAAGAUCGUUUACGCCGAAUUGACGGGCGAGUGGUCCAGGCCCAGAGUCUACAUCUGCGGUGCUUGUUCCUCCAAACAUCAGAAUCUGAAGGACCUCGAGGAUCACAAAGUUCUCAGUCAUCCGAAUGUCUGGUGUUCGCACUUGGAGUUCAGUGGCGAUCAGACCGAACUUGAUAAGCAUUUGGUGUUACCUGGUAGAGGGAUCUCGAUUAUGAAGGCUAAGGAUGCCGUGUUGAGUGAGAAGAUUUGCACAAAGUGCUUGAAGACGUGUGCCAGUCUAUCGGAACUUCAUAAGCAUAUGCUAGAGUGUGGAGGUGAUCAGACGUGGCUGCUUGGAUUGUUCGGUAAUGGCAAGAAGAAGUGCAAGUGGCGGCCUUUUGGCAGUAGGAGGAGGAGGCAAAGGGGCAUGAAGAGGAAUAUUCAGAAUUCACAGGACUCCAAGAAUCAGGUUAAUAAGACGCCCAAAGAAAAGGUCGCUAGUGGGCCAAGGAUUCGACCAAGUGAUCGGGAGAGUAUCGAGAAAAUGCUCGCCAAUUUGCCAGCUAAGCGAUCAACCAGAAAAGUCACGCAGGAAAUUAAUUUACGUUCGCAGACACGCCUGUGUAAGAUUCAAACGAGGUCGAAGCAACGAGGCCUGGAAAUCAACUCCAACUCUCGCCUCUCCCGCAAAACGGUCCUGCGAAAUAAACUGAUAAAGAAUGCCAAAUCGUUUCAGCGUAAACGCUGUCGAGGGGACAACAUCAGCGCAGCUAUUGAGAGUGUAAUUAGUAAUUACGAUGUUAGCGCUAAAAGAAGUAGAUUCAACGAUAGCUUCAGAGUUUCAUCUGGGAGUGGGAAUGAGAGAAUUUACAAGAAUGUAACCGUAAUCAGUAAAAGAAGGAACAUUAAGAUGCAGGGGAAGUCCGCCAUUAAGUCCUUGAAGAAUCGUAAAAAUUCGUCGAUGAAAAUGGUGACCACUGAGCCAAAAAUUACUAGGUCGAAUGCCCAGGGCAAGCCACUUGAUGACAACCCAACAGUCAGGAGACGUAGGAAACCAGUGGAUCCCCUGACUUCGGAAGCCUCAAUGAAGGCUAAGUCUCAGUUGCGUAGUAACGAUGGAAAGUUCGCUCGUAAUCCUGUUAAAAACGAUCCAACUUCGUCAGAUACUCAGUUAAGCUCAUCUAGUCACUCGAGUAGUACACAAAUAACAAGGAGUAGUUCAACUCGUUUGGCCACAAGAUCCAAGUUUCGGGAAAGAAUGAAUGAAGGCUUAGUCAGGAGAGUUACUCGCGUCUCUUCUGAUGCCGACAAAAUGCCAACGCUUGAACCAGUUGACAAAUCGACGUCCCCUCAACUGGAAUCUGGUAAAUCUCCUAAUGAGUUGCCUGUUUUGGUGCCAGCUGCUAAAGCGACUGUGAAAGUGCAGAAUCCAUCACUCAAGCAAACUCAUGGCAAGCGGAUUGUUGGUAUCAAGAAGAGGGGAAAAAGACGUAGAUUGACCAAAAAUAUCGACAAAGCCUCGCCGGAGACUGAAGAAAAAAUUGAAGAACCCACAGGGAGUGGUAAACUCAUUCAGACGCGAACUAGAAAAUCCCAAGAGCUACCGAAACCUGAAAAUGACAGUCAGGACGUAUCCCAGAUUGAUACCAGCAAGCAAUCAAACUCAUCGCCAAGUCUUCCUACCAAAAAAAGCAGAUCAAAGUCACUCAUUAAAGCUGCCAACUCCAAACGCGCGAGAAAUAUCCGUAGGAGCUCCCUAGAAGACGUUUUACAAUCUACUGUAUCUUCUUUCGAAGCCCUCGCCACACCCUCUGUCGAGGUAAAAACUCUAAUCGGUAAAAUCAAACGAAGCACCAAGCAAUCAAAUCAAAAUCUUACCAAGCCAAAGUCUUUUAAAGGCAAGCGAAGAGUCCGAAAAACUCAAAACAAAAUCCGAGAUAUCAGUUUAACGCGAAAAUCCCCUCGAAAUUUGGAGAAGAAACCUCUGGCAAUUAUCGAUUCUCUUCCCCCUAUGAUUCUUGACCCCUCUCACCCCCCUGACCCUCCUGACCCCCCAAAACUCGAAGAAACCCCUAAUCAGACAGAAUCAAAAGAGCUCUCGGAGUCACCCCUUUCGCUAUUUCAAAUCGAAUCCACUGAAUCAGUUAACAAAGCCUCUUCCCUACCCUCCAGUGAACCAACUGUCGCUCCCCCCUGUCCACCAUUCCUCCAAAUCCCUUUGGAACCAGAGCCCAAACUAGAGACUCCCCAGGAGCUCGAAAAAAUUCCCGAAAAAGUGGACAAAGUUACCGAAACCGAUGAAAAACCACCGGAAAAAGAGGAGAAAAUGUCAGAACUCAUCGAAAAGCAAUCGUCCCCAAUAGAAAUGGUGAGCGAUCUAGUCAGCUUGAGUUUCGAGCACCUGCAACAGGAAUCGAGCAAUUCAAACAUCGACAGCGGUAAAGAAAAUUCAUCCGAGACUCCGAUCAACAUCACAAAAUCCAAAAUUCCAAAGCCAAAAAAAGUACGUGGAUUGAAGCGGGAUCGUGGCCAGUCGAAACGUACCCUCAACAAUGUUAUCGGUAUUUUAACCGAGGGAGUGAAUAUACCAAUAGAAGUGCAGCAGAGUGUUGUACUUACGGUGCAAACUUCCAUCGAAAGCCUGAAUUUACAAUCGCACAAUAGUAAUAUCCAGAGCGAGGGUAACAGAGUUGAGUUAGGGGAUAAUAAUGUUGCCAGUGGUACGUCUCACAGUGUUAAUGCUAAUUCAACCAGUGGCGAUACUAGUCUAUCGGUGGAUUCGGUUAAUAGAGAGAAUGAUGAUGGUGAUUCGAUGGCUAUUGAGGGACUUGGGGAAAAAUCCAGUCAGGAGGCGAGUACUCCGGUGGGAGAGGUCCACUCCAGUGAAUCCCAAAUGAAAACUAAUAACUCCAGUAGUAAUCCACCUGCUGGAACAAAUACUGUGGAACAAUUUUCAAAUGACAUAAUUCUGGAUCUUUCGCGGCGUAAGCAGAAUGGGAAGGGCUCGUUUCUCGAGAAAAUUGUCUCGAAAAUUGCCAAACAGAAGGACGUUUUGCUUGAUAAUGAUGUUGGCUCGUUACUGGAUCACGCUGUCGAUGAGUUGAGUAUAAUUCUUGAUGACGUAGGCCACAAAUCCGACGAUAAUGAAAUCGAGGUUGAACUCAAGUCUCCAAAAUCUUCUGAGAUUAUUCCAAAACCGAACGAAUGUAAAAUCGAUAGUGGAGAGAAUGUAGAGGUACCGGAAGAGAAGGAUACCAACACCCUUGCAAUUACCACUUCUGAUAAAUCUGAGAACGAGAGCAAUAAGACAGAUAAUAGUGCAGCCGCUGCACCAACGGUGAACAAUAGUAGUACGUCGGCUCUGGAAUCGAUUAAUCAGGAUGAGACCCGAGAAAUUGAACGUUCAUCAAAGAAAAGAUCCUCCGAUACGACUCUUCCAAAGAAGAACAAAAGAAAAACUGUGAACGAGGAAGAAAUACCGGACGCCAAGAUAGAAGAUGAAUCGUACCUUUCUGAUAUUAUGAAACUGAUAAAUAGUACUCCAAAACUUACCUCAACGCCAAUUAAAUAUCCCGAUGGUGCCGAUGAAACCCGAAUAUCCAAGCGAAAAAUCACCGAAGUAGAAGUGAAUAAACCGAGUGAAACGACGAAUGGGAAUUCAUCAGUGGAAUCAGAUCCUUAUGCAACUGUCGGGAGUAAAAAAUCCAGGAGAAAUCAGAGGGGUGUGAGUUACGAGGAUAAAUCAAUACUUGUGAAUAAUAGAGGUAGACGCAGUAAUAGGAAAAAUACGUCAGUUAAUAAUUCGAGAUGUAGAAAAGCUGAGACUAGAGAAUAUGAAGUUGUCGCAGAAAAGGAUAAAUUAUCAGAGAAUAAUAGAGUGAAUGAGGAUGGAAUACCCGAGGGCAUUGUGAUAUUGAAUAAAUCUACGAGAAUUGGUGAAACACUUGAGGUGGAAAAAUCUGUUCUUGAUAAUUCCGGGGAGAUUCAUCCAGAACCUGAACAAUCGGAAAAUAAACAAGUCAGUGAGAUGGAAAGUGUCCCGGAGAAACCAAUAAAACCGAAACGUCGAGGUGCCUCGAAGAAGAAAUCACUGGCCGAUGAACACCUCGAUUUAUCAGACGACGAGAUAAGAACUGGGGAGAGUUUAACAAGUAAAACAGAGGUGGAUUUGGAGGAUAUCGAUGGUGAUAAGUCUAGAGUCAACACGAGUGAUCACUUGGAGGAUAAAAGAUUGAGUGCAAUGAAUAAUUCGGAGUACUCUUCCCUUUUGCAAGUGAUUCCAGAUGUUACCACUGAUUCACUAGGUGGGAGUACCAUUGAAGAGAGGAGAGAGGAGAGAUCAUCAAAGCGUAGAAAUAAUCAGGGAAAAUUCGAGGGAAUGGAGACUCAAGUGCCUGACAAGGUGAAUGAUGCACCUGUUCAAAGGAGACAGACGUUGAGACGAAAAGCUAAGGAGAAUAUAUUUCUCAUUGAGGAACUACUUGACUUUGGGGAUGAUAUUGAUAGUCCUUUAGAGCUCGAUAGAAUCAAGGAUGAUAAGAAAGAUCGUGUGGGGGGUGGGGAUGAGAAGGUGGAGGGCAUCGAUGGGACAGUCGAGGAGGUCAUUAAAGACGAUGAUGUUUCUAAGACUUUGAGGGAAGCCAAGGAAGUGAAGGAUGGGAAACAAUCAGAGCCUGAGGAAACACCUAUUGAGGAUGCCUUGAGGAUCAGUCAAGAAGUUGCUGUCGAGGCGAAUCCUCCAGUUCCACCCAAAGGUGCUGAUUCAAUUCUGGCUGAAGCUGCUAUCGAUGAUGAAGCUCAGAGUCCUAAAAAGAGGGCCUCAGGAAAUUUUGCUGUGGUGCACACGAAAUCCGGAGAAAUCCUCAUCGUCGAGAAGAAGAAGAAAUUCACUAAAGAAGCGGCUAGAUUUUUCUGUGAUGUGUGCACCACUAGUUUCACUCGUAAAAGUUCUCUGAAGAAGCAUAAUCUGUCACAAUCACAUAUUCUCCAAGUCUCGAAGUGCAGUAACGAACAGGAAUCAUUUUCCUUCAGUGAAAUAGUACCUUCCGGAGUUACCAGUUUGGAGAAUUCCGUUCUGCCGAAUAAAAAUACUAACGACAAUGUCUCGUUGGACGAAGUUGAGAGAAAAGACGUAGUACUUGAUGUACCUCUGGCUAAUUCGACGAUCGAUACUAUCGAGACGGCGGUGGAGCCCCAGCCCUUCAAUUCUCAACUCGAGGAGGAACUGUUGGACGAGGAAAUUUGUAAGAUAACAGAAAACAUGACGCACGACGAAUACGUUCUUACUGAUCACAUAAGUCCAGAGGGAGAGGAGGGAGAAGCACUUGAGAAAGGGGUUAAUGAGGCGGAGACAUUGGAGAGUUUGAAAUCAAAACAGAAGGUCAAUUUGGCUGAUGAACACUUGGAACUCGAGUCACCGCGUCUUACACCUCAACACCCUAAACUCAAAGACCAAUUAACAUCACGUGCAUUAAUCGUUGAAGAGAAUGCACCCUCGACUGGAAUAAUUUCAUCGGCAUUGGUAAAUUCCGCGAUGUCUCUUGACUUUUCCAACAUCGCGGAGAAAUUGAAAGGGAAGAAGUUCUUGCAGAGUGAGCCGAACACUUCGGUCAUUGAAUUCGAAGAGAACAGACCACCUCAAGAUCGAAUAGCAUGUCAAACGGAAUUAGAACUCAACCAUUCAAAAACCAUCGGAGAAAUAAAGGUGGAUGCCUCUAUAUUCGAUUCUCUCCCUAAAAUAUCAAAAACCACUCCCGAAAAAUGUAGCAAAAAAAUUAAAAAUCGAAACAGAAGAUCAAAGAAAAAAUCAAUAGCCGAGCUCGUACCUCCAGAGAGUGAGGACGACAGUGACACUGAGAAUACAAAGUCCCAGGACAAAAAUAAAAUAGUGAAAAGUGUCUUUGGUCGUGCCUUCACUGGUGAGAAGUUGGACAAAGUGAUGGAAGUUCUCGACGACUGGAACUCCAAGUCAGAGAGCGACUCUUACGACGACAAACCUGAUAAAAAUAAGACAAGAGAAGUGAAAGACAAAGCUUCAGACAAGACUGACAGACUUCACAAAUCGAAUAAAUCGGAUGAGCCCAUCAUUGAAAUUAAUUCUAGAUGCAGGCAGAGUAAGAAACGCGCUGAGGAGAGAAUUUCCCGAGCAUUCGAGGAAGAAUCCAUUCCUUACGAUCUUGCGUUUGGUUCACCUGCUAAAGAAUCAGGUCUCAAAAUUAAAUCCAUUGAGGCACAUCGAGAAAUGCUAGAUAAUAAGGAGCAAAAAGUCAAGUCUAAAUUUAAAAAAUCCCCAGAAUUGGAUUAUCACGGGGAAAAGAAUAAACAGGGGGAAGUAACAUCAAUCGUAACUUUUUCCUCGACUUUGAAGCGGAAAAUUAUGAAUGAGGAGGCUUCGCUUCCAGAUACAAACUCGAUGGAAUCGAUACACAGUCGAGUACCUAGUUGUCCACGCGAGCGUUCUUCAACCCCUGACCUCAUUUCCGGCACAACGAGAGAUUCUUACAACGAAGGGGAAGACUUCGUUGGAGGAAAUGAUGAUGAUGAUGAUGAUGAUGAGGAAAAGGAGGACGAGAGGAUGUCAGUCCGCGGACGAUUGUCGCCAUUUUACGCGAGCAAUGCACCUGAGAGCUCGAUAAACAGUGGAACAAUGUCCACCAGUAAUCAUUUGAACAAUGGUGAUGGAUUUGUGGAAACGAGGAGAGGAAAUUCCACAGAGUUCUCAGGUGAAAAAAUCGUUAUAAGGUCACCGGUGCUGUCCAGUCAGGAGAGCUGUCCAGGGGUUGUGACGAUUGCUCCCACUGAUGCUAUUGAGGACAAUGCACUGGAUGUGCCUCAGGAGAUCGUUGAUAUGAAGGAGAAGCCUGGGAUCCUCCGGCAGGGAAAAGUUCUCAAUUUUGAUGAGGAACUCUUUGUCGAGUGUUGCUCUCGAUUGAAGGCUACUACCGAGAGUGAGUUGCGUGGAGCCAAGAAAAUUAAGCUGGACCAGACUGAUGAUUAUCAAAGCAGGGAUGAGAACACUCAGCAGUCCUCACAACGCCCUCGACCACUGCCGGAUAGGUGGAGGGAUGUCGAGAGUCAGAACAGCCUGGGGAGCCUUCUCGAGUCGGUUAAUCAGUUACUUGGUGAGGAAAUGUACAACAAUCGUAGAGCUGAUUCUCACAAGCGUCGAAGCGAUCAUCGGGAGAGAAUAACUCCACCGAGAACACCACAAAAUGAUUUCAUUCGACCCGAUAACAUCAGUUAUGAAGACAGUCUCGAUGUUGCUUUCGAGCACAACAACAAGCUUCGCGAUAAGAUUCAACAGCGGAUGAGAGAGAGUGAGGACAUGAUUGCCACCACCUUUGGUCAAAAAGUAACAUCCACCAACGAUCGGCAGUACUACAACCCCCAACCGGACAAAGCAUUCCCCGAAAAACUAAAACUCCAGGGGGAUAACUUCAGUAGUAUAAACUACUCGUCGAAGCACAUUCCUAUCGAGCCUCUGACUAUCAAAAAUAAGAUGAAUCCGAGUAUGGAUGGCUUCUUGGAUGAGGCACUCUCGAAUCUACUUCAUCGUAAUGGAAAACACGAUCAUGAUGGAUCAACACCAAUGAACGUGCUAGCCGAGUUAGCCUGCGCCCAGGUUCCGACCUCAACGACUCCAUCAUCUCCGAAACCCCUGGAAAAGUCUCCGAAAAAUCCAGCGCGAGCUGAUAAGGAUCCCCCAAAGAAAUCUCGAAAUCCCAUUCGAGAGCUCUUCGAGCGUAAAAAAGAGUUGAACGAUCGGAGGAAGGAGUCCGCUGGCCCUAAACAAAGAUCCAAAAAAUCCAAGCACCAGAACUUCUCCCUCAUCCGGAAAAGCCAAUUCGGGAUUGGUCUCGCAGAGCGGAAGAAGCGUCACAACGCCUAUGAGAAGAAGCCCGAGAUUACAUGCACAAAACGAGUGAAAGAUAUCUACGAUUUCGAUGAGGAAGACAGUGGUGAUACUAAAUAUUCGUCGAAACCCUCAUAUAGGUCUCACUCUGAAAAACUACCUGAUCCAAUCGUCAAUCACAUGAAGCCCAGGGACUCCAAAGACAUCAAUGUGGUCGACCUGAUGUCCAGGACGAUAGUAAAGAGCUUGGACAAUGGUAAGAGCACAGAACCCUCUGAAAAACAGCUAGAGAGUUCGAUAGAACAUAAAUUCCAGGAUAACGACUUGUUCCUACCGAAGACGAAGGGAGCCUUGAAGUCAUUUACUCUGGAGGAGAGAAAUCAACGAGAGAAAACCAAAGGUCCCAUGGACAGCUUCGUGGAGAGAAAGCAUCAUCGAAGCAGAAGAUCGACUGAAGGGUCAGGGAGAACCCCGAAGACCAAACGAAGAAGCAAAAACUCGAAGAAACGAUCUCGUAAUGCCUGGUACGAGGACGACAGUUCAGAUGAGUUUGUGACAGCUUUCAAAGCCGAUAACGUUGGAGUUGGCAUUACCAAGAGCCAGAGGACGUGCUCCAAGGGAAAGCAGAACCUCUUCGCCGAAAUGUCAUCGACGUCCUCUGAGAGCGAACGUGAGGAUCUCCCAGAGGAGAAACAAGACAAAGAGAGGGAUUUGAAAACAUUAGAGAUUAAUGAGUGGAUGGAUGGAGUCAAGGCUGACACUAGAGACCUGGAUGACAGUGAGAAAAUCGAAUCUGACUCUCCAUUGGUCAUCGAUGAGAAAGAGUCCGAUGGUGAGAAUAAUUCUGGGGAUUCCGACGAUAAUCGAUCAGAACGAGGCUUCGAGCUCGAUGAUUUAUACAGAGAGGACAGUUCGGUUGCAAGCUCAGACUCUGAAGAGGCCCCAAAUCCUCUUGAGGAGAGUCGUCCAGAAAUUGAGAAUAAAAAAUUCGAGGGAACUGAGCUGAUCCCUCUGGACGAGGCACUGGUCCUCCUGGACAAUCCCCAGAGCGUGGAAAAUAGGGAAUCGGUGGAGGAGUUCCACGACAAUGUCGAGAAAGAGGAGAAUCCUGUUGAUUUAUCAACAGAAGAUCUCCCAGAGAAAUUGUCCUCAAAUGAAAAACCUAAUGAGAAAAACUCUGACAAUCUGCCUCUUCAUGUCUUCCUCAGCAGGAAGGUGCAGGAGUCGAAGAAAAAGAAGGAGGAAAAACUGAAGAAACUUCAGAAGGAGAAGGAGGAGGAGAAGGAACGUGAGAGAAUACGGGAACAGGAGGAGUUGGCAGCUGACGUUGAAAGUGAGAAAGUGAAAGAUCAAUUUAUAGAGUUCCAGUCAACUAGACGUCAGAGGAAGUGUGCCAUUGGUAAACAGGGACUUUUGGCUGAGAUAAGUAGCUCUGAUGAGGAAUAUUAUUAUAGAGACAGUGAUAGACGUGCCAAUGAGAGGACAGACGAAAAAUCGCGGCGUCAAAAGAGAGAGUCAAAGGAGAAACGCAAAGAGAGGUAUCUGGAGAAAAAGCAUGAGUUAAUGAUUGCUAAAGAGCAAAAGGCCAUUGAGGAGGAAAUUCUCAGGGAAGUGAAGAUGAAGAGGUGUAGCGAGGGAGAGGGGGCCAGGAGUUCUGAUGACACUGAUCUUCUUCACUCCGUCAAUCGUGUGGCUAAAAAGGAAAGAGUCAAAAAUUUUGGAGGCCAAGCGAAAAAGGAUGAAAAUAGAGGGAGAAAAAUAGGGAACAGUGAUAGUGAAAAUAAGGGCAAUAAAUUAGAGAGAAAGACUAAUGGAAAUAGAAAGAAGGAGGAGCAUCAGAAAGAGUCUUCGAAUGGUAGAAAUGAUAAGGGCAAUAAGGUUGAUGAGAAAGAGGUCGAGGGAACUGAUAAUAUUAAGGAUGGGAAGAAAUCGAGGAGAUCGAAGCAGGCUAGGAGAAAUAAAGCCAAUGGGGAGGCACAUUCAGCGCGAAGAACCUCCAAGGAACGAAAAUCCGCUGGUAGUAAACGUGAUACUGAUGAUGAGGAGUUGAGGACCACCAAAUCGUGGAAUAAAGUGGAUGAGGCUGUUGGGGUAGCUAUUGGGAGAAGAAAGAGGGCGGCGGCUAAUCAAUUGUAUUAUUGGUCGAGCUCGACUGAUGAUGAUGAGGAGGUGGUUCCUGUGGGGCCUGUUGUCGAGGAGGAGGACGACAGGCAGGAACAGCAUGGAUGGAUUGUGGGAGACUCCCACAAGAAGAUGAUUACGAUGCUUGCUAUGGAGAAGCAACUCAAGGAGAAGAGGAGGAGAAGUGAGGAUGAGUUUGAGGGUGGCAAAACCAAGAGUAAGAAGCAUAGGAACAGUACGUCUUGAUAUGUAUUUCAUGAUUAGGAAGUUUAUUGAGAGUAGUUUUUCCAUCAUUAUGGAUUCAUGCAUCAUUCAUUGCAUAAUAUUUCUUUAUUUUUUUUUUCUUUUGAUCUGUAACAUUGGAUUUACUCAUUAGAAUUUCUAUCCUGGAGGGCCAGGGGUGAAUGACUCGAUUGAUCAGUAGUUUUGAGAACAAAUAUGGAUUUCAGUUUCAGUUGAGGGAAUUUACCACCAGGAAUAUUGAGUUAGGAGAAUAAUGUCUCUAUCGGUUUGGUUAGCAACAAUAAUUGACGGCUGUUGUGCUUGUUAGGUGAUAAAGGUGUCCUUGAUGAUUGUAAAUAUUCAACCUCAUUUGCGACGUUGGUAGCAUCCUCUGGUUUAGGUUUCGAAUACGAAUCAGUAAUAUUAUUUAGACUGAAUAUGUAGGAUAGAUGAUAAUUGAAAAUUUAAAUAUGAGAGGUGUGGCAUCUUUAGACAAUACGAGUAAAUGUUCUUCACUGAUUUGUUUAUUUUGCGGGUUUCAUUAGGUUUAGGUGUUUCGUUUUUGGUUUUUUUUUCUCUUUGUCAAGAAAAAAUCAUAACUCAUGGUGUGGGGGGCCAGUCGGUUAUCCCUCAUUCUCUUUUGGUUUAUUGUGAUUUCAACAUAUCGCAGUCACAUACAGAACAGAUCACCGUAAAUGUCUAGGGUAAUUAUAGUAAAAUUCAUGAAUAAUGGGAUGAUAAGAUGAUAAAAAUAUUUCAUAAUUUUUUUUUCUUCUUUUUCACUUUCAUUUCUGGGAUCUCAGCACUUUCUUAAGGAUUUUUCUCAUCUGAAUAAUUGAAUAUUAGUUACAAUUAAUGAAAGUAAAAUGAUAUUUGGAGAAAUUUAGUUAUGACUCUAAAAAUGAUAAGUGGGAUGCACAUACAAUUAAAAUACACAGAUUUUUACGUACAUAAUUGAAAUAACGUGUUUAAUGAUGUAGAUGAUUGAAAUAAAUGUGGCGAGAUAGACUUUAUUGUAAAUGUACUGCCAUAAUCACACGAUAGUUGACACGUAUGGAGAAAAAUAAUGAGAAAGCCUAUGAGAGAUUGAAUAUUCAUCAUUCUAUAAAAACAUAAGGUUAAACAAAAUUUUUGGCACAAAGGAACAUACAUUCGAUGUAUAUAGGAUCAUAUUUUCAGUGUGUCAGAAAAACAGGUAUGUUUUGUAACAUAAGUAAAUGCGGAUGGUAAAUAAAAUUACUGUAAAGAGUAUAAUCAA